AUUUACCCAUGACUCCAGCCAGAAGGUGGUAGGAAAGACACAUUUUUGUUUUGCAGGUUGUUGAAGAAGAAGCAUAUCCGUUCGCCAUAUUGCAGUGAUACAGCGAUAUUUCCCACUUGUCUUUGGGAAGCUGAAGACUUUGCGUUUCCUUGUUAACACAAUGUUUGCGACACAAGUUUAUGGAGAUAAUGGGAAAAUGAAGGAAUAUCACUAUACUGGACCAGUAGAGCACCGAUUCUCUCCAUAUUCAUUUAACGGAGGGACUGUGCUUGCUGUUGCCGGUGAAGACUUUGCCGUUGUGGCCUCAGACACCCGUCUGAGUGAAGGCUAUUCAAUCCACAGCCGUGACUCUCCAAAAUGCUACAAGUUGACAGAUACAACUGUCAUAGGAUGCAGUGGAUUCCAUGGAGAUUGCUUGACCCUUACUAAAAUCAUUGAUGCAAGAUUAAAGAUGUACAAGCACUCCAACAACAAAUGCAUGACAAGUGGAGCAAUCGCGGCCAUGCUGUCAACAAUCCUGUACGGUAGAAGAUUCUUCCCCUACUACGUUUACAACAUCAUCGGUGGCUUGGAUGAGGAGGGUAAAGGAGCUGUUUAUAGUUUUGACCCAGUGGGAUCCUAUCAGAGAGACACAUACAAAGCUGGAGGCUCAGCGAGUGCUAUGCUGCAACCUCUGCUUGACAACCAGAUUGGAUUCAAGAACAUGGAGGGUGUGCAGCACCUGCCCCUGAGCCAGGAGAAGGCUGUGCAGCUGGUCAAAGAUGUCUUCAUCUCUGCUGCUGAGAGAGAUGUGUACACCGGGGACGCCCUCAGGAUCUGCAUAGUCACCAAGGAUGGCAUCAAAGAAGAGACAUUCCCUCUCAGGAAGGACUGAACAACCUUUUCCCUGCCGCUGUCAACCUCCCACUUUUGUCUGUAUUUUUCAUAUUUUGGACCUAUCUCCUGCUUUUUACAUUCUUGCUGAAGAACGAUGUUCCCUGUAGUUCAUUUUGUCAGUGUCCAUUUUUAUUAAACAUUAAAUGUUGAAAAUGUA